UUUUUCCCUCCUCUGACAUGUGCUUGAGUUGCAGCUGAAAGGAAAUGUGUCAUCUGUGGUUUUAGUUUUAAAAGUGGAAAGCUUGCAGCACGUCGCCUUGCUUGCUGCAGACUGACUUUAAUUUUCACACUCUCCACAUCUCCUUUGAGUUAAGGUCUUUUUUGGUCAGCUGAAUUUCAAGAAGAGACAGAGAAGCGGCUGGCUAAAACACUCCCUUUACUAUCAGAUUCUGAGCAGCUUUUGGAAGAUUGAUGACCAGGUGAGCCUGGCCAUGGAACCCACAGGAAGUUACCUACAUGCUGCUCUUCUGACAACCACCAUCUUUUCCUGGCUUCCCCAAACAAAAGCAAAUACCACAUCCCUCUGGGUUAUCAACAGCACUGACUGGGAUCCCAUCUUUCAGAACAAAACAACCGGGAGCAAGGGUGGAGGCUCCCUAAACCCGGGGACUCCAGAAAAAGCUGUGGCCAGCACCGCCGGCACGCCGGCCCCGAGGAGCCCGUCCCCUCACCCCCCGUCCUUCGCUCCUCCACCUGGACACGGCCUCCACACCCCUCCUCCUCCGGGGGACAGCAGCACUGCCCCGGAGCAGAGCCCCGGGCGCCCCGGCCACGGCCAGGACGACGUGGUUAAGAGGGACAUCUGUGAGGAAGGCAACAACAAAAUGGCCAUGCUGGUCUGCCUGAUCAUCAUCUCAGUGCUCUUCCUCAUCUGCACCCUCCUCUUUCUGUCCACUGUGAUUCUGGCAAACAGAGUGUCCGCCCUCAAGCGAUCCAAGCCAGUGUGUAAGCGACAGACGAGAAGCAACGGGGAUUUUCUGGCGAGCAGCGGCCUGUGGCCGGCGGACUCCGACACGGCGAAAAGAUCCCAGCAGCUCACGGGGGCCCGGCUGAUGCUGCAGGCCACCGGGACCCUCCCGCUUCCAAGGGAAAGAAAAGACGCCGGAGCGACCGAGAAACUCACCCUUUGAGACAGGGCAAAUAAAAGGGAUGGGUAAAGCCGGGUUGUGAGGGUUUCCAGCGGAAACGAAGCAUCAGGCCCGUUUCCUGCUGGUGGCCUAGAACUUGACACGACAAACCUGAAACCAAAGGUCAGACAGAAAGGAUGAAAGGGAAAAGUGUGUCUGUCUGGGGGACCAGCCAGCAUCGCUGAGUUAUCCUGCUGUGCAGACCUGGCCAAACCACCUGGCCACUGGGCCUUAUUAGGGACCUUGGUUUUCAGCUCUAUUGGGUGAGAAGGUUUGCACUACAGGGCCUAUGAUCCCAGCCAGUCAAAGACUGAGAGCCACACGCUUUCCUUGUGACGCUCAAGAUUUUACAGGCUUCAUGGGAACAGAUCAAGAAGGGCCUUGAGAUAUCAAAUAACCAAAGAUCCUGGAAGGUUUUAAAAUGAGGCAGCAAAGAUUCUGGAAUGGAGAGAAAUGGAGAAACGUUCACUACGUUUACCAAGAGCAUUUACCAAGAGCACUUGAUAGAAACUCAGAUCUGGAUCCAGUCAGAAUGAUUCAGGUUUGGAUAGUUUGGGUCUGUUCUCAUAACCAGUCCCCUGCUUCUACCUAUUAACAGAAGCCAUCAAAAUUCUAACUCACUUCAAGGUCUCCAGUGUGACACAAAGCUUGCUUUAAGUCAGUGACGUGCUGAUUUUUCCAUUAUGCGCAAGAAUUCCAAAAGCUUAUUAAAAUGCGAUUUUUCAUGGCAAAUACUGGAGUCGACCUUUCCCUGCGAGCUACGACAAAAGCAGUAACACUGUGACCAUGAACGUUUGCUCUUGGAUAAUACCGCCCAGGCUGCCCGGGCCAAGCUCCUGCUGUCUGCACCCCUCCGGCCCCCUCCUCCACCGUAGGACGGGUCUUUCCCAGGUCACUGCUGACAGUGGGAUGGCCACCCUGCAGACAUCCUUGUCUUCGCCUUCCCCUAAGCUUCUGGAGGCCACGGACUCGCUCACCGUUUGAUGAUUCCAGAGCCCUGCACGGUGUGCCUGGAACACAGUGGGCACUUAAUAAAUGCAUGCUGACUGAUAA